GUCAAUUACUUACCGUAUCGGCGUCGUGCUUCUUGCCACGAAAUUUCCAAUCCUUUCAAUUCCAUUUGCGCGUCUCUCUUUUCAUUUUUCGUUUACUUUUAUUUAUUUAAAUUAGUUAAUAAUAAUUUGUUUCGAAUAUUCAACCGUGCGAAUAUACUUCAUUCCCUUUUAGUCAAACUCGUAAAUUGUGUUUACUUAUUUAUUUAUUUAUUUUUCUCUCGUCCAAUCCCUGUGACUCUUAUUUGAAAUUUGAUCCUCGUGUUCAAUUCUUAACUGAAUUUCUGUUUUGGACUUUGAUACUCUCUUUUAACACUAAAAAGGAUUUGAAAUUUUAUUCAGCUUAUUAAAUAAUGGGAUCGGUUUGUUCGGCUGGUAAGGCAGAGAAAAAUAAAAAUGCUGAUGUUGAAGAUUCUGCGGGGAAUUUUAACAAGUUGAAGAGUUUUGUGAAUAGAAAGGGAAAUUGUUAUUCAAAUUCAAAGAUUAAUGGUCGUGGUAAAAAUCUGAAGAAGCUAAACUCUGGAUUUUCCGGUGAAUUGAAAUUAGUCAAUCACACCAAUUUCAACCGAACAGGGAGAAAACAGGUCUCCCGGAAAGGGUCCUUUCUAGGAAGAGCUGGAGAGAAGGCAGUGGAAGUUCUUGACUCAGUAGGAAGUAGCAUGCCCAAGUUAAGCACAAGUGGUGGUUUUAACACUGGCAUGGUUCAUAGAAGGAAUAAAAUAUCUAUAUUGGCAUUUGAAGUAGCUAAUACAAUAACCAGAGGAGCAAUUUUGUUUCAUUCACUUUCUGAAGAAAACAUUCAGUUACUUAAAAAUGAGAUUUUACAAUCAGAAGGGGUGCAACAGUUAGUUUCUACUGAUACAAAAGAGUUAAUAAGUUUUAUUGAAGCUGAUAAAAGGGAAGAAUUCUAUGUCUUCUCCCGGGAAGUAGCUAGAUUUGGAAAUAUUUGUAAAGACCCUCAGUGGCAUAAACUCGGUCGAUAUUUCUCACGAUUAGAUUUGGAUGUCUUGAGCAACAAACAACCUAGGGUAGAGGCAGAAAAGACUAUGCAGGACUUGUCCUCUCUAGCUCAGAAUACUGCUGAAUUAUACCAUGAGUUGAAUGCAUUGGACCGUUUCCAACAAGAUUACCAUCAAAAGGUUAAGGAGAUGGAGUCCUUAAAUCUUCCUCUCAACGGGGAAGGUCUCACAGCUUUUCAGAGUGAGCUUAAGCAUCAAAGAAAGCUUGUGAAGAGUUUGCAAAGGAAAUCCCUUUGGUCCAAAAAUUUGGAGGAGAUCGUUGAAAAGCUUGUUGAUAUUACCACACAUAUACAUCAAGCAAUUUUGGAGUUCCUUGGAAACAAUGUAGGUAAAAUCACAGUAAAAAAUCAUAAGGAACCUCAACGACUAGGCGAAGCUGGUCUUGCACUGCACUAUGCUAACAUUAUCAAUCAGAUAAAUGUGAUAGCAUCACGCCCAACCAUUCUUCCUCCAAAUAUGAGGGACACAUUGUAUAAAGGUUUGCCCAAUAAUAUUAAGAAUGUCCUUCCUUCAAGGUUGCACUACGAUGAUGUUAUGAAAGAGAUCUCCAUUACUCAGGUCAAAGCUGAAAUGGAUAAGAGUCUACGAUGGCUUACUCCAUUUGCCAUAAAUACGACCAAAGCGCACCAAGGUUUUGGAUGGGUUGGCGAGUGGGCAAAUGCAAGUAAUGAAUUAGGAGGAAAGACAACAACCAAAGAAAGUAACCUUAUUCGACUUCAGACAUUUCAUUAUGCCGACAAGGAAAAGGUAGAUUUUCACAUCCUCGAACUAUUGGUUCGGCUUCACCAUUUGGUUACCUUUGUAAGAAACAGACACAACUCCACAAGACGAAUGCCUACAAUAAGAACUUCUCCUACCAACAACAAGGGACUUCAUUUUCAGUCAAAGAUGUUACAAUUCAUAUCCUUGACUGAGUUUUCUGAAGAGGAUAGAAGGUUGUUGGAGGAAGUAACUACAAGGAGAUGGAUUCCAGGAAUUAGCAAAAGUGAAAAUCUUGGUGGGACCAAUAAAAAAGAAGCCAUGGUGUGGCAUUUCAGCAACAGUGUUGGGAGUUCACCAGCUAAGUGGUUCUUUGCUACAAAAUUGGGCUUGGAUGUUAUGGAUGGCCUGUAAGAUGAUUGCUUAAAAUAUUGAGGGUUCAAUUUUUAUUUUCCAAUAUAUUGACAACCAUAGCCAAUUUUUUGUUUGUUAUGUAUACAAAAAAUCAACUUUGUGUAUUUAAACCAAUGUCUUGUCUAUUGUUUGUUUUGAAACUUCCAGUUAUUUUUGUAUAGGAGGAGAGCAACAUGGAACACCUUUUUGGUAUAUAUAUAUAUAUAUGAUUUGAUACGUUUUGAAGGAUAAUUGUAAAAAGAAUAUAUACUUAUUUUUAUGUCCGAUUCCUUGAUAAGA